GCACAGAAGCAUUCACGUAAGUUAGGGCACGUAGGCUGGUUACGUUAGAAUGUUCCAAACAUGGAAACUGGUGUCACCAUCGCCGCAAACCUUGCCGGGAUUGCAUUGAAGCCUAUCAUUGAGGAGAUGAAGGACUGGUGGCCCGAACAUUGUCUGAAGGAAGGCGACCAACUGAUUUUUGAAGUCGAAGAGAUCGUACGGACCAGGGGCCAGUACAUCCCAGCAGCGGAAAGGAAGACCCUGCAAACGCUAAUCAAUGAGGCCCGUACAGCACAGCUGCAACUCCAACAUAAAAGUGGAAAGUCUCUUCUCUUGAGCCCCAUUCUGUACAUCCGGAAAGCUAGGGAAUUCAGGCAGACCAGCGAGUAUGCUCAUGCUACAGCUCGUAAAUCAGCUAUAGACUCAUCCUUGGCCUUUCAUUUGAAUGGUGGUAUGGCAGAACACAUACAGAUAACAUGUGGUACCGAAGCUCAUCAGACUUCGUCGGGUAAUUCGACAGUGAUGAUAUCUAAUACCAAUGUUCAAGAGUCAGGAGAAGCUAUAUUGACUGUAUCGAGUGACGUUCUUGACGGGAGAUCUGGCCCCGUGACUAUAAACAACAUGAAUACUGCCAAGAAUGGCUCCGCUGUUCUUGAACUCGAAUGUCCUGCUUCUGGCGGAGGUGUGUCAGGAAAGAUCAUUAUCAACAACUGCAACAGUGCAGAGGGUGGGUCUGCACGCGUGGUGGUGAAAGGUCAACCGAGACUCCUUCGACGUAUAGCAACGCUAUCAUUCCGGCGGAGGCAUGUUUCCGAUGAUACUACAAUCAGUGAUACCGUCUCAGAAACACCACAGCUGUGUCGAAAGGCCAGUAUGACGGAGAGCAUAAUCUCUGAUAGUGCCUCUUUCCAUACUGCAUGUGAAGGCAAUGUUGAUGCUGACUCCGACUCUGACGAAGCCACACUCAAUGGAGGCGAUGACGGUCCGCAAGACAUUACUGGAAAUGACCUUGCGGGAAUAGACCUCCACAUCUUCGAGAGCAACCCAGCUGAGUAAACCGGAGCUGUUGAUUUGGCAGAUUGGAUCUCCACCGUCGACAUAUGUAGUUACUGGUAUACCCACUAGUUCUAUUUAUAUUUGUUUUUGCCUAAAUAUUCUUGCAUUGUAGUCGCUAGUUGGCUGUCUAAUACUGAAGAUGUUCUUUCGUAUACAGUUCAUCUCUUACUGCUAUUGGGAAGAUCCUACAACCUUAUGCCUUCGUCCCCAACAGAGUGGACAUGCCAUCACCGCGACACUACUAGUGUCGCGUAGUAAUGCAAGCGAACGCUGACAUGCACGAGCUAUCAGAGAAAAAUCCACUACAUCCCUUGACCGACGUCAGCAGCCACGCGAUACUUUACGACAUCCAUUUGUUGAGCGCAUUCUUGAGAAUAAAGUCCAUGCAACACA